CUUUAUUGUUCUCCCUUUAUUGUUCCCCGAAUCCAUCCUCUAAUCUGUGCUAUUGUCUUUCUUUCGCUCGCCAUUGGACACUGCGUCGCAACACCAGCUACGAGCUUAGAUUUCCUACACGACCAAAUAACACGAUCAGAAUAAACAAACAACACGAAGUCACGAUGACAGUAGCGACGCGCCCUACAUCUUCGCCAGUCACAUUCUGCGAGAAUGUUACUCCAACGACAUACGCGCAGACCCGUCACAGCCUGGACCACCUAGAAGAUCUAGACUUGGAUGCUCUGAACGAACUUCAGUCGUCAUUACUUCCAGGAUUUGAACCAUGCAAUGCCGGCACGACGACUAAGAGACGUCGGGGUCCUCCUCAUCGUCGGCGUUCUCAGGGUCACAUUCCACGACCUCCGAAUGCCUUCAUGAUGUUCAGACAGAAUUUCUGCAAGAGUUCACAGUUCAAGCCAGGAAUGACCGACGAACGAGAUAGUUUGAGCAGGCUACUAGGAAAAGAGUGGCGUCAACUUCCAGCAGAAGAGAAAAGUUAUUGGGACCUGGUCGCCAGGAUUGAAAAAGAGAGGCACAAGAGGUUGUAUCCUGACUACAAGUUCAAACCGGUCCACAAAAAACGAAAACAGGUCCAGGAACCCGCCGGCUCUGUUUCCAAACAACGGAUCUCGAAAAAACGUACUUCUCCUGCCAUCGACGACGAGUCUGGCGAGCUUAACUUCUCCAUGGAUAUCGCAAAGCAGCGCGAACUUCAACUCGAAAGGAACAGCUACAUCACGGAGCUGUACAAGUGUGGCUACAAAACUGAACAGUUGGGGCCGUUUAUGAAGAGGUUUGAUGCGCAUCAUCGUCAGAAAGCCCUCGGGCUUUCCCGUCGACCGGCUCAUGAAGAAGAGCUGGACGCAGACUCGCACUCCGACUCAGCUACCCUUUUUGAUGAUGGUGAUGGUUAUAGCUCUACUCGGAAGUUGAAUCUCGAUAUUCCCUCCCCUUCUGGCUCGCGCAUAUCUUCGCCAGCUACUCUUGCGUACUCCGAGUCGAGCUCUCCCGCACCAUUCACGUUGCCAACGGUCCCGCGUCUGUCUUCGCUUGUCCCUGCGGAAGGUUUUACUGGGUCAUGCUCCAGUUGGGGUUACCAGCAGCCGCGAAGAAGCUCUUCGGUUCCGCUUCCCUUCGGCCAGUGGGAAGACAAUUUGUUUAAUCCUAGCCUUACCGAUUCUACGUUCCAUUCCACAUAUCCCGCACCACCUCUCUCGCCACCUCCUAUGUCCAUAAUGCAUCCGGGAUUCUGCCCGAGUGAAAUGGACCCCGAAUACACCCCGAUGUCCAUAGAACACCGAUGUCUCAUUGGGGAACGACGCGCAUCCAGCGCUGGAGGGAUGCGCAGGAGCUGGGGAUCUUUGAGUAAACUUUCACCGUCAUCGACUUAUGGGCAGGAGGAUUUCUCAACAAACAGGAAUGGGAAUCAGUGGGGGUGGAUGCAGGGAACAGAUGGUGGAAUGUUUAACAACGGAGAGCUUCCUGAAGUUGAACCCGGUUUGUUCCAGCCCAAUUUCGAUUUGAGCGCUGGUGGACUUGGAUUGUCUUCGGUGUCACCGCAUCUCGACGGUGCUGUGUCACCUCUCGACGCUCCUUCUCCGUUGGAUAGUCUUCCACUCUCAUUCAAUGCAGAGGAGGUGCAGAUUAUCGCUCCUCAGCCAGUUUCUCCCGUCCCGUUGCAGACCUUCGACGCUUUGGGUUUUCUUGAUUCCGGUGACUCUUCAGCUAUGGUUGACGCUAUCAUGAAUGCAGAGUUCGUUGACGCAAGUGAGGAUGGCCUGGUGUUUCCUCUUGAAGUCACGAACUGAAGAUCUUUCGAGCGCGCACUUCAACGACGACUCGGUUACGAUUAUGACCUAUACUUACAUGAAUGCAGUUCCGUACAAGUCGACAUUUUGUUAUCGCUUUGCUUUCUCAUCUGUAUCAAUAGUAGUUUUCUCCUUGUUUUUUGUUGUUCUUUUUUACACAGUACCUUAUUCACCUCUGUAUCCUCAAGUUACCCAUAUCUUAUACAUAUGUAUCAUUAUUACCCCUCUUAAAAUGUCACCCUUGAAGCUUGAAGCUUGAAGGCUUGAAGGCUUCUGUUUUACUUCU